UUAAAUAGUUUUUUUGCCGCAAAAACAAUAUAGUCCUACCCAGGUGUCCGACACAAAGCUGGCUUACACACCCAUCCUCAGCUAGCGCAGUUCAUAAACAACUGGUUAGCACUUUCUCCUCAGAUUUCCUUGCUCUGCAACCAUGUUUUGCCCUAAAUUUUCAUCCACCAUAAAUGGCUUCUUUCGGCCUCCAACGAUCCAAUCUCAACUUCCCGCCAAUCUUCCUCAUCCUAGUGAAACACCAUGCAUUAUUACCACGGCGGAAGUGAAGCAAGUGGCAGCAAUGCCUCUGUUACUGCCGGGUCAGCACCUCCCACUAGCGGGCGUCACCCAGUUUAUCGUGGAGUAAGGCGUCGAACUACUGGAAAAUGGGUGUCCGAAAUUCGCGAGCCCAGAAAGCCGAAUAGAAUCUGGCUAGGCACAUUUCCUACACCUGAAAUGGCUGCAGUUGCUUAUGAUGUGGCAGCGAUUGCCCUCAAGGGUCAACGUACUGAACUUAACUUUCCCAACUCAGCCUCUUCUUUGCCCGUGCCCGCCUCCACUUCCCCACGCGAUAUCCAAGCAGCAGCAGCCUCUGCAGCCGCCGCUCUAGGGGCUGCAGCAGCUGCUAUGGGGGCUGCAAGAGAUGCUUCAACCGGAAAUGAGGGUGGUGGGGCGCGAAGCACACUUGAGCCAGAAAUACCAGAUUUUGAUGGAUUUGUUGAUGAGGAUUUGAUCUUUGACAUGCCCAAUGUUCUUGUGAAUAUGGCUCAAGGAAUGCUUCUUAGCCCACCUCGCUUGGACAUUGCAGGCGAUGAUGCUGAAAACGCCGAGUAUCAGAACCUUUGGAAAUUUCCUUGAACUGCUAUAUAUAUCUACAAUAUUAGAAAUUUUCCGCCAAAACAAAACAUGAAGAAACCAGCGUCAAUAAUAUACGCGUACGCGGUGUUCCAUUGAAAACUUAGAAUGCAACAUGACAACAUCAAUCAAUGCAUGGUUGUAGUACUGGCUUGUAUGUUUUAAUAAACGGUGCAGGAUUGUGUAUUGGGAAUUUCUCUUUCUGCAACUUCCAGAUGCAAGUUUUCAUCCUUUAAGAGUCGCACGAUGAGAUCAAAGAAACGUUCUUACAUAUGUAAUUCAUAGCUCAGCUGAGUUGAUUUCAUCCGAUCGAGACUGAAACUUAUUAUAUAUACAUCCAAUCCUCGCCAGAAGAAUAAGCGGAAAAAUUAAAUCACAUUAAAUUCGCCUCUUAUUAAAAGAAAGGUGUUGAUCUCGAUUCCUGGUUACUAUGCUUUGAUUGAAACUCAAAUAAAAUAUACAAAAGAAAGCUUUAGCUAAAAUUUAAUGUACAUGAAGUUGUUCAUACCACCAUUAACUGCCACCAACUAAAUUUGCAACGUCCAGCUUCCAGAAGAUCUUAAGGAAUCCAUAAGAAAUUUCAGAUAAUAGUCUUCGAAAAUCACUAUAUUCCCAGGAACUGAAUCAUAAACAGCACCUCAAUUUGCAUCAUAAUUACCAUGCGUCUAUACUUGCUGCAUAAUGAGUCCCCAUCUCAAUCGACGCUCUAAACUUCUGUUAUAAUACUAGCCAGAACCACACAUCAUGCUAAAAACACACGAUUAGAUUCAGUUUUGCAAUAGCAAUGCUAAUGGAAAGGUUUCUAUAAUUGUUGGGA